AUGGAGGAUACAUACGAGAUUGAGGAAAUCCCGGGGAUGGAAGACGAGUUAGAGGAUCCUCCCAAGAUACUUUUCUCUGAGGACCCCAACCGAUGGGAAGUCUUCGUCGAUGGAUCGUGUAACUCGGAAGGUUCAGGUAUCGAAAUGGUUUUUACAAACCCAACCGGCCGAAGGAUUGUCUAUAGCAUAAGGCUCGAAUUCCCUGCCACCAACAAUAUAAUCGAAUACGAGGCAGUAAUACAUGCCCUCCGAGUAAUCAUCGCGCUGGGCAUCCAUAACGUGCGUCUCACAAGCGAUUCACAACUUAUUAUCCGGCAGAUCGAUGGAACGUACCAAGCCUCAGAUCCAUAUUUGCAGCGAUAUCUUCAACUCGCUAAGCACUAUAUCGAGCGGAUACCAAACAUCACGUUCCGCCACUUAAAUCGAAUCAACAACAGAUAUGUUGAUGCUUUAGCAUUCAUAGCUUCUAUGACAGUCAGCCCUGACGCUACCGAUGUCAGAAUUGAAAGGGUUCUACUCCCCUCCAUCCCCUUGGAAGGAAACAUGGACAUCCUCGUUGUCGACUCAGUAGCCCAGAAGGAGAGUCUGCCAGAGGAUGACUGGAGGACACCAAUCAUCAAGUAUCUAGCUAACGGAUACCUCCCCAGCGAUCAGUUAAUCGCACACAAGAUAAUAUCAAGGUCUGGGAACUACCAACUCCGGGAUGGCGUGUUAUACAAACAAUCCUACCUUGGGCCUCUCCUCAGAUGUCUCUCAUUUGCGGAAGGACAAACCAUAAUAAAAGAAAUACACUAUGGUUAUGCAGGGAACCAUAGUGAAGGACGAUCCCUCGCUCACAAAGCAAGACUACAGGGGUAUUUUUGGCCUCGCAUGAACGAGGACUCGAAGAAAAUGGCAAAAACUUUCAUAGAGUGCCAACAAUUUGGCAAAAGAAGACAUGCACCUUCCAUGGAAUUAAAGUCCAUCCUGAGUCCUUGGCCAUUCGCCAAAUGGGGGGUGGAUAUUGUCGGACCCCUAAGAGCCGGUACUGGACAAAGGAAGUAUUUAAUCGUGUCCACAGACUACUUCACUAAAUGGGUGGAGGCCUCGGCUUUAAGACACAUAAGAGACCAUGAUGUAUUUAAAUUUCUCUUCGAGCAUAUUAUAUGUCGUUUCGGUAUCCCAGCCGCCAUUGUAUCUGAUAAUGGGGCGCAACUCCGAGGGAAAAACAUUGACCUUCUCUUCAAUUGUUUCAAUAUCAGAAAAAACAAAUCUACGCCAAUCUAUCCUGAGAGCAAUGGCCAGGCAGAGGCCACAAACAAAACCAUCGCCGACAUCCUGAAGAAAAAACUUGACGGAUAUGGAGCUAGUUGGUGUGAACAAUUACACAACGUCUUAUGGGCCUAUCGAACCACUAAAAGGGAAGCCACAUGA